ACCCCUGCACUAGCCAGUCAGGGGGUCUAGGGACAGUCACAGUGGAACUUAGGUGCCUAGAUCCAAAUCUAGUUUGGCACCUAACUCCCACUGAAACCAUCUAAAUAUCUUUGAGGCUCCUACAGGUCAGGCAGCAGCUGUACGGGGAUUUUGUGAAUGCCAGCAGCACCUAAAAUGCUUUCUGCAGAAGCCGGAACAUCAGCUUUACUUUUGGAAGUAACCAGAUGGUUUUUCCUUAAUCCCGUUACCAAAAACAAUUGUCCCACAGAUUCACUUGCGCGAGCCGUUCUGAGAACACGCCUUGAAAAUAUGGAAGUGCUUAAAUGUUACAGAAGCCCUUCAGAGGCCUAGCAACCCUGCUCUUGUAACUAGUAAGAGAAUAUCCUCGCUAAUCUGUCGCAAGGCGAGGCAAAAUGAUACAGCUUCUCUAGCGAUAGGCCAGGUUCUGCCUCCCUUAUUCGCAUUGUCUGCAAUCUUACUCCACCAUCGUCCCACUGAAGUCAGGGGGCUUCUUGUCCAGAAAAUUGCUACAGCGUGCGAGUGGUCGGCUGGACUGAAGCUAUUGCUAAGGUUAUCCCUGGAAUGUUUAAGUAGUGAGGCUCAGAUCCUCAAAGGGCUUGAGGCACCAAAUUCCCAUGAGCAUUAGGUACCUAAAUACCUUGGCAGAUACCGGCUUGACCCCUUUUCGGUGUCAAAACUAGGUGCUGGAGAUGCAUAUGCAUCUUACAGUGGCCCCACUGUUAUACGGUAGCAAUGGGUGGCCCAGUAACCCAGACCAAGCCAAGCCUCCCACUUGAGAAGAAAAAGUUUCCGAAAUGAGAAAAUACUUGACUAUAACACCGGUACUUUGCCUGUGCUCUAGCCUCGUCCAUGUGAGGCCUUCAGGGAGCAUUAAUUAAGAUGGAAAAACUGAUGCACAGAGGUCAAAAACGACUGCCCAUUAGUGGAUUAAACACGGUACAAACCCAGUGUAUGGAGGCCGGAGAGCAGUUUUGCCUUUUCUUUACUGAUCCCAGGAUCUCUGUGUAGAAUGAAAGCAUUACCUGGUUCAUGGUGCCUGAUAUCCUGGGUAUGCCUAAAAGCAACUGUGGCUUGCCCGGCAUGGCACGGUGAGUGAGCCUUUGCUACGUGAAUCCGAUGAAGUGAGCUGUUGCUCACGAAAGCUUAUGCUCAAAUAAAUUUGUUAGUCUCUACGGUGCCACAAGUCCUCCUUUUCUUUCUACAGAGAGAGAAAUCCUGCUAGGUCGCACAUUUUAAAGGUAAGACAUUGCCUUUUCUUCCAAACUGCCCAGUGCAUCAUGUUUGCUGAACGAUAACUUCCAAGGUUAGGAACAAAUAUUAAUCUCACCGCGUAUUGGUUCUAUGCUGCAGCUAAUCUCCAUUCUUGGCUUCAGGUCAAACUGGUCUUACCCUAUAAGUAGUCAGCAGUCCCCUUCGCUGAACCUAGACAGUCACCAUGUUCGGGUUUGUGUUCCUCGCUUUGCUCCUGGGCUAUGCCUACAGCUGUGGCAUCCCUGCCUACCCACCUUUUGUCGCCCGUGUGGUCGGAGGUGAAGAUGCCAAUCCCCACAGCUGGCCUUGGCAGAUUUCCCUCCAAUACGACAAAAGUGGCGUCUGGGCUCACACAUGUGGCGGGACCCUUAUUGCUACCAACUGGGUCCUCACUGCGGCCCACUGCAUCAGCAACAGCAGAACAUACCGAGUUCUACUGGGGAAACAAAACUUGGAGGUCGAGGAACCUGGCUCUGUGGCCGCUGCUGUGGAGAAGAUCAUUGUCCAUGAGAAAUGGAACUCCUUCCUGACCAUCAACGAUAUUGCCCUGGUCAAGCUAGCGGAGCCCGUACAACUGAGCAAGACGAUCCAGCCAGCCUGCCUGCCUGCAAACGGUGCAAUCCUGACACAAGACUUCCCCUGCUACAUCACCGGAUGGGGACGCCUUUGGACCAAUGGCCCCAUCUCUGAUGAUCUCCAGCAGGCACUGCUGCCUGUCGUGGACCAUGCCACUUGCAGUCAGUGGGACUGGUGGGGCUUCAUGGUCAGGGAAACCAUGGUCUGUGCCGGAGGAGAUGGAGUCGUUUCUGGAUGCCAGGGAGAUUCUGGGGGCCCACUGAACUGUCAUGGCGCUAAUGCUUGGGAAGUACAUGGCAUUGUGAGCUUUGGAUCUGGGCUGGGCUGCAACACUUAUAAGAAGCCAACUGUCUUCACCCGGGUGUCUGCCUACAUCGACUGGAUAAAUGAGGUAGGUAUCGGCCCAUUAAAGCAAAGCUCCAAGUGCUUAACUAGAUUUCUGCACACUUACGUGAAAUGAUUAUCUAGUUGCUUUUAUUUAAGUACCUAAAAGAAAACCGGUUGACCCAUCCCAGAACUACUAUCUCUGUUUCCUUUUCAGUCAGCUCUCGAUGACUAAAUCAAAUGUAUAGGCCUGCACCAAAGCCCUCAAACUCUGGGGAAGUUUGGAGCAGGAUCGCAACUGAACAGCCUUGGCCCAUCUUUGGUGCCAUCUCUACACAGCAAAUGGUUUUGCUGCUGUCCUACAAAAAUGAGGCAUUCUUGUGUCCAGUGUCAAAAAGGGAGGCCUAAAGUUAGGCUCCUAAGUCAUUACUUAGGUGUUGAAGUAAAUAGCCUGAGCACCAAGGAGCUUCCAUUGACUUCAGUGGGAUUUCAGUGAGAGCUAUUAGGUAAGGGGCAACUUUGAAAGUCCAGCCAUUUAUUUUGUCCCUAGCUUUGAGCCUCCUGGCCUAGAAAUAGUCUACAAUGCUGGAAAUGCCAAUAGGAGAGGAGGCAACCCAGAGAGACUUAACUCAGCUGCACCAUGCAGAAGGAUUGGGGGUUUGCCUCAGAUGCCGAUAUUACUUUAGAGGAGAGUGGUCAGCUGUUCGGACACUUUUUGAAAUUUAUAAAGAAAUCUCCCAGUUUUAUGACAAGCUUGUUGCACGUGUAUAAAUCUAAUUGGAUACCCAGGACUUUGGGCCCAUCUGUUUUAGCUUGCCACAGUAUAGGUUACACUUCUCCAGUAGGAGAGAGCCAUUGGUGCUUCAGACAAAGUGGACUUGUAAAUAAGAACUUGCUUUACCGGGAGCCAUUUAGUCUGGUUUAGUGUGAAACUGUAACUUAUUUUUUAAAAAUGACUAACACUGCUUCUUUUCUUUCCCCUGUCACCAGAAAAUAAAUCUCAACUGAAGAGUCCAGCUCAUUUCAUUGAUUGUAAAUCCCAGGAAACCCUAAUAAAUUGUCUCAUCAUAACUUUCCUUGGUCCAGAGGCUGCUUGAAAUGUGUCUGACACAUGGGUACUUAUUUACAGGAAAUACACACAGUGCCAGUGACUUCAGUUAGGUUACACUGAUUGACACCAGCUGAGGAUCUGGCCCAGCUUUUUGCCUUUUCCCAGGGACACUUAUAUAGGGGAGAAAAUACCUGAGACUAAACUGUGGAAUCAUGUGUGACUAUCAAUAGGCAAGAGUUGAAAGCAGAUGGUUGUCCUUACUACUGCUGUUACCACAGCAGAACCUAGAGUUCCCAGUGCUAUUUCACCAGGCACUGUCCAAACACACAACAGAGAUAUGGUCUGUACCUCAAACAGCCAAUUCCUCAAGGAUUGGCGAGCCCAGGCUGGGCUAAAAACAAGGGGUAUCAGCUCAGCAGUGAAAUGAUCAAAGCUAUUUUGGCAUCUGUACAUAAUGCUGAAGUGAAAGUCUCCUUGCUUUGAUUUUGGAUGCUGAUACAUUCGCUUAUACAACGGCUUUAUCUCACCGGUGAUGCAUCCCAAACCAGCAAGCCCAUGAACCCGUGUCAGUUGCACACAACCAGGCUUGGCUAUUUGUGGAAUGUAACUAUAAAGUAGCCCCUGUCUCACUGGUCAGUAAAUUCAGGCUCCGUUUGAACAAGUAUAAGCCACUUCCCUCUGCAGCAGAGGGAAGCCCACUCACCCAUAUGUUUACUGUCCUGUGCUUGCAAAAUCGCAUAGCACAUUCCCCCACAACCACUCAAAGGAAGAUUUUUGUUAUGCACAAGCAACAAAGCAAAGGAGGGGAAAGGUGUUGGUCCUACCUGGAAUCACUCUCUGCCUGAUCCUUUCAUUUUUACGUUGAAAGAGAUGUUUGGAUGCCCCCGUAUGCUUUGAUUGAUCAUGCAGUAGAACUGUCUGAGGGAACACAGAGCUAAAAUGACAAGUGGGCAUCUCCUUUAACACCACCGGUCUGGCGUGACUGGGAUGUUCACUGCAGGAGAUCCCCAAGCAUGGUGGGAGGAGGAGCAAAGCCGAGGAGCCACUCCAUGGUGGCUGCUGUGCACCGUGCCACAGUUCAGGGCAACGGCAGCUGUAUUCCCCCUCCGUGGCCCAGCAAGGCACCCACUCCCCAGCUGUCACCUCUCUUGGGUGGGGACCUGCAUCUUUCCCGUUUCUGACUGGGGUAUUUCCAGGCUGCACUGUUCCCUGCCUACAUGGUGAAUUCUCCAGCAAGCCAGACUGCCUAACCCAGCCAGCAUCUGUGCUUUGCUUUCUCUCCAGAGGCUACAAACAGGGUAAUGGCCCACAGUUAAGUUACUGUGCAGCCCUUUCUAAGCAAGCACAUUUAUUCUUAAGGUGAAAGCAUUACAGCAAAAUCAUUAGAAACGAUAAAAGAACUGACAUGCUUGCUAUUAAGCUUACUGGAGAUCAGGCCCCUAAUGCCAACAGGCGCUGACAGGAGUCAGUCCUUCAAACCCUAUGCACGGUUUUCUCCUGGGGCUACAAGUUCACAACUGCUUUAGCUCAGAGCAAGAACAACCGUGCAUAGGUUUUGUUUUUCCUUUAUAAGGUUUGGGUUUUUGCUCUUGUCCUCAUGUAACAGGUGAUCAGCAGACAAAGGUCCUUUCCUCAGGGCAUAGCUUCAGAAGGCUGGGGUUUUGCACUACUGGGAAGGAGGGGUGGUUGUACAUUUGCAUUCACCUCCCCCCGACGAUUUUCUGGGAAGCCCACUUAAAUUUGUUUGUCCCAAAAGUUCAUUCUUGCCGGGCACAUUGUUUC